CAGUAGUAUUCGCCUCGCCUUCGACCCAGACCCUGGCUCCCGUCCCCAUUGUCUCAACUUUGAACCUCACCAGCUAUUAACGGUCAGGGCCCAGAAGGCGUCAUGUCCUGGUUCGAUCUCCCGCCAUGGGACGGGCGCAGUGGUUUCCCCGUUUGUCGAAACGGCGCGGUCACCGACCCCAUCCUAGUGAUAAAUAGUCGCUAGUAGCUUUUGCCCAAAUAUUAUUCUGCAGCAUGUGUGAUACGAGCAACCGCUUCCCAUCCUCCCAUCACUUGUUCUCUCCGUGAGCCGUAAGGACUCAGAUAAUGGUAAUAGCCGAUGGCGACACCUGCAGCCAGCCACCAGUCUCAUCAGAGAUGGUCUCUCGACAACCUCAGCACGGAGCUUCUCAUUCUAAUCUUCAAACAGUUAGGAGAUGCUGACUUGAGGUCGCUGAGCGCUGUACGACUGGUUUCAACACGAUUCAAGACCGUUGCUACACCUAUGAAAUACCACACACUCCAUCUAACACGGUAUAUCGUAGCUCCUCAAGCAGAAAUUCAAUGUCCCGAAGGCGUCUCCAAUGUCUGUGCCCAUACAAGACACGUAAAAGUUAAGAGUGAUCUCAAUGCCGAGCAUGUCAAAAGCUUUUUGGAUAAAAUGAAGAGAUUAUCAUCUGUAAGCUGGCGCUAUGUGCGAGAUGAUCUACACAAAGGGGAUUUCUGGGUACCCACAGACAUUCUCCCUCCGCAUUACACCCAAUCUAGCAAUUUCAAGUUGUGUAUUGAGGAUUUACCGUUACGAGAUUUUCGAGCCGAAAAGGGCAAUCCAUAUUUGAAGGCAAUCCCGACCGGCGUCCUCGUGUCUCUCAAGACGGCCACGCCGACCCCUCCGCUUACUGCUCGUGUUGAGAGCUUGAAAGGUCUGCUUGUUAACUCGCCACGGCUAGAGACGUUUUGGUACGACGAUAGGGGCCAGGGGACUCGGUUUGAACUGCGUGGAAACGAACGCCUGCCGCCAUUACGGGACCUCUCUCUGCGUUCCUACGAUUGGAACCACGGCCCUAAUACCGUCCGGCGGCAUUGGGACUUCUCCGAGAUCCGACAUCUUGAGUUAGUCGACGUGCCUUUGGGGCCGUUCCUCAACUCGGUGUUGUUCACAGACUUUCGGCAUUUGAAAACACUGCGUCUAGAUGAUUCUAGUAUGCAUCUGCCUAAUAGACCACGAGAUACGACCCGAGGCCAAUACGCCUUGAUUAAACAGAUCAAAGCGCUCGAUGAUUUACAGACAAUAUGCGACAUAGAGUCAUUCCCUAUUGAUGGGAUAUUACAACAUGCGAAAAACCUGCAGAGUCUCCGAUUUCGCGACUAUACGGGGUUUUCUGACGAAGACCGUCAUUGUCCAACACUUGACCUCAACAAUCUAAUAACCAUGUCACAGACAUUGAAUAAUCUCCAUACCCUUGAGAUCGAUAUGGACUCGAAGCGCUGCGAGCUGCAGCAGGACUUUUUGUUGGCGCUGUGUAAUUUUCGCCGACUCGGCACCCUCACGCUCCAUACACAAACAGUCGUGAAUCCCUUCAAGCAUGCUAAGACGAGCAACGACUUGGACCACGAAAAGGCGAUGCAGAUAUUCUCUUUCCUUCACAGCAAAAAGUCCACACCGUGGCGCUCCAUCACCAUCAUUAUUGGAGACUGGAAGCCGAUUAUGGUGCGUCGCUUAUCUGCUCGUUGGCGCGAGCUAGGUAGCCGCGGCGUCCACGCCGAGAGGUGCUUCGUAAUGGAAAAGAAGCAAGAUGACAGCCUUGCUGUUUACGAGAAAUCGCCGAUACGGGUGUCUUGAGUCGUC